UGAAAUUGGAUCUUAUUACUAUACUGAACCCUCAAGUGAACCGAGCGAACGAGAUGAAGUUGUGCUUCAUAGUACUUAUUAUCGGCGUCUUCUUUUCUACGACCAACGCGUUGAGUUGCCUGCCUUGCGCCCAGGUCGAAUGCCAAACGGAAGAAGAGCUGGAUUGCGGUAAAGGUGUUACGCUAGUUAAAGACGCUUGUGCAUGCUGUUAUGUAUGCUCGAAACAAAGUGGCGAUAAAUGCGGGGGUCCCUUCGAAACACAAGGCAAGUGCGACCCAAAGAAAAGUCUUGUUUGCCAAAAGAAACAUCCAAUCUGCGAUCUCAGUUACGACGACGACGAUGAAAACCCACCUAUCGAUGACGUAAACGCCGACGGUACAUGCCAGAACUCGCUUAUUGUGAAAAUCAUCGAGUUUUACUGCAAUUACUGGAGGAAACUUCUCGCACUGCUGAAAGGACUUCGAGAUUGAUUACAACAUCUACUUCUAAAUAUUUUGUAUUGUUUGUGGAUCAUAUAUUUCGGCCAUAGAAUUCUAAAUUACAGUAAAAAUAAAGUACAGUUGUAGAAGCGUA